CCAGUCCCAGAGGAGGGGAGAUGUGGAAAUCCUCCCCAGCCUGAUCAUAUGCAAGAAAUGAGGAAUUUACUGAUGGAGCUCAUCACUACUGUGAGACAACAGGGAGCAGCACCAGCUCCACAACCGGUCCCUGCACCACCACCACCUUAUGUACCACCACCUCCACCUCCCUUACAACCGGCUGCAGCUCCUGCACCUGCACCACCUGUGAUGAAUGCGGAAUUUUUCCAGUUCCUUGAUCGAGUGGAGCGUCGUACAGCUCCAAGAUUUGGUGGUACAUCUGAUCCAGUUGUGGCAGAGGAUUGAUUGGACAGGAUGACUCAGAUAUUUGAUCUUAUCCAGUGUCCUGAUCUUUUUAGGGCACACAUAUCAAUCUACCAUCUGGAUGGAGAGGCGAGACAUUGGUGGAAAGGAGUUGGCCAACCAUUUGGGGCAAACUAUCAGUUCACUUGGGAACAGUUCGUCCAUACAUUUCGAGAGAAAUAUUACUCACCUGGAGUACAAGAGGAGAUGACGAUGAAGCUUAUUAGCCUUCAACAAGGAAAUCGUUCAAUGAAAGAAUACGAGAGGGAAUUCAAUGCAUUGGCUAGAUAUGGAGGUGAGAUGCUGCAAACAGAGACCUUAAGGGUUAAGAAGUUCGUAAGAGGACUUCGUCCGUCUCUCAAGGCAAAGGUGAAACUUUUGAAAAUCAACUCGAUGUCAGAAAUAGUUGAUAUGGCUGAUCGAAUUGAGAGAACAGAACGUGAAAUCGAAGCAUCUACUAAGAGGUCGACUAAUCCCAGUCAUAGGCGUCUACUCCAAGAUGACAAGAGUAAGGGCAAGGCGGUUAUGCAACCUUAUACAUCCGGUAUCCCGAUGUGCUCACAAUGUGGGAGACGUCACUUUGGCGAGUGUAGAUUACUCCAAAUCACUUGUUACCACUGUGGAAGGGCGGGACAUUAUAAGAGCGAUUGUCCCGAGUUAAAAAGAGAAGCACCUAAGAGGAUUGAACAAAGACCAAUUCAUCAACAACCAACUGCUAAGAGACCAGCGGUGAAACCUAGAGUCUAUGCUCUAGGAACUGAAGAGCAAGAGGAAGAAGAAAUGGCAGCAAUCAUAGGAUUACGGUGUAUGACCAGGAGUUCUGGGCCUGACAACCUAGUAUAUCUUCACCCUGAAAUCGAGAACUCCACUAAGCGCAAUCGAAAGAAGAAACGACAACAAAGAAAGAUGGAGGAACGUGCUAUAGUUGCUGAGAACAACAAUGACACUUAUGGGGUAUACCUUCAGCCUAAGUACAUUCAGCAGCUUUCAUGCAUUCGUCGGCCUGACAUCGACCGUAACAAUUUCGAGUUUCAACUGGCAUUCAUCAAUAUGCUGAGACCACCAGAUUUUUCUCUGCUAGGUACGCCUCGUUUCUCAAACUCAUUUUGUUGUAGAGAUGCUUUUAAACUUCAUGAUCCAGGUUGGCAGAAGAUCGAUAAUCUUCGUCCAUUAGACCCAUCUGGUAGUUGAGAGAGUUUGGUCAAGCUAAAGACCCUAAACAAACGCUUUCGGGAGGCAACUCGAGUUCUUAGGUUAGUUUUGUUUCCUUCCUUUUUCUUUUUGCAUCGGAUAUUGGUUUGUGUCUCUUAUCACUAGGUUGAGUUCUAAUG